AUGUCCAAGAAGAGAAAAGUUGAUGCAGAUGGAAGACUGUUUCAAGAAAGAUGGGAAGGUGAAUACAUGUUUGUGCUUCAAGGAGAAAAACCGGUAUGUCUUUUGUGUUAUGAGGCAGUGUCAGUUGUCAAAGAGUACAAUCUACGUCGGCAUUUUGACACCAAACACGGAGCUAAGUAUGCCAAAGUUAGCCUUGGAGAAAAACAACAAACUGUCCAAGAAUUAAAACGCAAAUUACAAUUGCAGCAGAAUGUGUUCAUGAAAGGCACAGCCAAAAACACUGCGGCAGUGAAAGCUAGCUAUAUUGUGGCUGAAGAAAUCGCCCGAGCUUCAAAGUCUUUUGCAGACGGUGCCUUUUUGAAGCAGUGUAUGCUGAAGGUGUGUGAGCAGGUGUGUCCCGACCAGAUACAGACUUUUAAAAAUGUCAGUUUAUCAAGAAACACCAUCGCGGACCGAGUUACUGAACUAGCAGGAAACCUGGCAACACAGCUGGCAGAAGAGACACGCAGCUACAUAGCUUUUUCAUUAGCUGUGGAUGAAAGCACAGACAACACGGAUACAGCGCAGCUAUCAAUUUUUAUUAGAGGCGUUAAGCCGGACCUAUCUGUCACUGAGGAGCUGUUGGAUGUAGCUGCCAUGCAUGGGACCACAACGGGACGGGACAUUUUUAAUGUAGUGGAGAAGUCCAUAAAUAAAAAUGCAUUGCCCUGGGAAAAGUUGGCGGGACUAACUACAGACGGUGCACCUGCAAUGUGUGGAGGAAAAGCGGGCUUGGUUGGACUGAUGAAGGAGAAAAUGGAAAAAAGUAACUGUCACACGCCUCUGAUAACGUACCAUUGCAUUAUCCAUCAAGAAGCUUUGUGUGGGAAGGUGCUGGGGAUGGAUAAUAUUGUGACCACGGUCAUGAAAACAGUGAACUUCAUUCGGGCGCGUGGCCUGAAUCACCGUCAGUUCCAGCUGUUCUUGCAGGAGAUGGGUUCGGAGCAUGGAGACGUGCCCUAUCACACAGAAGUGCGGUGGCUGAGUAGGAGCAAAGUCUUCAAACGAUUUUUUGAGCUAAGGGAAGACAUUGCUCUUUUCAUGCAGAGUAAAGGAAAGCCCUUGUCUGAAUUGUCAGAUCCAAACUGGCAGAAGCUGCAGGGACGCAAACAAGUCAUCACGCAGAUGUCCGACAUGAUCACCGCUUUCCAGCGUAAACUUGACCUAUGGAUGUGUCAAGUGAAACAGGACAAUCUUGCCCACUUUCCUGUUUGUCAGAGCAUCUCAGCCUCGUUUCCCGGUACUUUUUCAUGUGCUCAGUUAGCUACCAAACUGAGCCGGUUAAUGAAUGAGUUUGAUCGGCGCUUCUCUGACUUCAGAGCACAGCACUCGGGCUUUGCCAUCUUUGUCAAUCCCUUCACCACCGAUGUCUGCACAGCACCCCAACACCUUCAGAUGGAGUUAAUAGAGCUUCAAAGCGAUAGUGGCCUGAGAGCGAAGUUCCAGGAUGUUACAAUCCAGGACUUUUACCGUCUACUGCCCCCUGAUUUGAUGCCACAGCUUCGACUUCAUGUUGCGCGUGUUCUGUCUAUGUUUGGGAGCACCUAUCUGUGCGAACAGAUGUUUUCCUUAAUGAGUCUAAACAAAAACAAGCACAGAUCCCGCAUCACUGAUGAUAACCUCCACGCUGUUCUACGGAUUGCCUCAGCACAAGACCUAAAACCAGACAUAGACACACUGGUCACAGAAAAAAGGUGUCAGACAUCCGGCCAGAAAACGCAUAGGUAA